AGGCGCGUUACUCGAACCGGGAGGCAAGGGAGUGGCUUCGUCGCGCUCGGUCGGUUCAGCGUUAGGGUUUCAUCGUCUUCCUCCUCUGAAAACCCCCUUAUCUUGGAGUUAGGGUUGGGGCUAGGGUUUUUCGCCUUGCUCCGUGGCUCCACCAAUGGUGAUCCCGACGGCGGCGUCGCCGUCGUCGUGUGCGACGGGGAUCUCCCCGGAUCUGUACCCGACCCAGGACGACCUCCCGUACGAGGAGGAGAUCCUCCGGGAGCCCUUCAAGCUCAAGGGGUGGUGGCGCUACCUCGUCGCCCGCGCCGGCGCCCCCUUCAAGAAGCGCUCGGUGAUCUACGAGCGCGCCCUCAAGGCGCUCCCGGGAUCGUACAAGCUAUGGCACGCGUACCUCCGCGAGCGCCUCGACGCCGUGCGGCCGCUCCCCAUCUCCCACCGCUCCUACGCCUCCCUCAACAACACCUUCGAGCGCGCCCUCGUCACCAUGCACAAGAUGCCCCGCAUCUGGCUCCUCUACCUCCGCUCCCUCUACGAGCAGCGUCUCCUCACCCGCGCGCGCCGCGCCUUCGACCGCGCCCUCCGCGCCCUCCCCGUCACCCAGCACGACCGCAUCUGGGCGCCCUACCUCGACCUCGUCUCCCUCCCCGGCGUCCCCGUCGAAACCUCGCUCCGCGUCUUCCGCCGAUACCUCCUCUUCGACCCCGCCCACGUCGAGGAUUUCAUCGAGUUCCUUCUCAGAUCCGGCCGGUGGCAGGAGGCCGCCGACCGCCUCGCCGGCGUCCUCAACGACGACUCCUUCCACUCCAUCAAGGGCAAGACCCGCCACCAGCUCUGGCUUGAGCUCUGCGACCUCCUCACCCGCCACGCCACCGAGGUCGCCGGCCUCAAGGUCGACGCCAUCAUCCGCGGCGGGAUCCGGUGCUUUACCGACGAGGUCGGCCGGCUCUGGACCUCCCUCGCCGAUUACUACGUCCGCCGCGGGCUCUACGAGAAGGCUCGCGACAUCUUCGAGGAGGGCCUCGCGACGGUUACCACCGUCAGGGACUUCAGUGUCAUCUUCGAGGCCUACACGCAAUUCGAGCAGAGUGCGCUUGCCGCCAAGCUCGAGACGGCCGAGGAGGACUCUGGUAGUGAGGUGGACGAUGGGGCUGAGGAGAAAGGCGGGAAGGACGGGGUCGCUAAGCUCGCAAAGAAGUUCUUGCAUGGGUUCUGGUUGAACGAUGAUGAUGACACAGAUCUUAGGUUGGCGAGGUUCGAACGGCUAUUUGAUAGGAGGCCGGAGCUUCUAAACAGUGUCCUGCUGCGGCAGAAUCCUCACAACGUUGAGCAAUGGCACAGGAGAGUGAAGCUUUUCGAGGGUGACCCUGCAAGGCAGGCAUUGACUUACGUCGAGGCAGUUAGAACAGUUGAUCCGAUGAAGGCUGUUGGGAAGCCUCAUACUCUGUGGGUUGCUUUUGCACGAAUGUAUGAGAACCAUAAUCGUCUAGAUAGUGCUGAAGAGGUCUUUAAAAAGGCUACGCAGGUGAAUUACAAGGCAGUCGAUCACCUGGCUAGCGUGUGGUGUGAAUGGGCAGAAAUGGAACUGAGGCACAAGAAUUUUCCAAAGGCUCUUGAGCUGAUGAGGCAGGCCACCGCAGAGCCCUCGGUUGAGGUCAAGAGAAGAGCUGCUGCUGAUGGGAAUGAACCUGUCCAGAUGAAGUUGCAUAAAUCUCUGCGGUUAUGGAGUUUUUACGUUGAUUUGGAGGAGAGCCUUGGCACGCUGGAGUCAACUCGUGCUGUUUAUGAGCGAAUACUUGAUUUGAGAAUUGCAACACCUCAGAUAAUACUUAACUAUGCAUUUUUUCUGGAGGAGCACAAGUACUUUGAGGAUGCAUUUAAGGUGUAUGAAAGAGGUGUGAAGAUAUUUAAGUAUCCUCACGUCAGAGACAUAUGGGUAACGUACCUCUCCAAGUUUGUGAAAAGAUAUGGAAAUACCAAGUUGGAACGGGCUAGAGAGCUCUUUGACCAUGCAAUUGGGCAGGCACCUGCAGAAGAAGUCAAGCCACUCUAUCUGCAAUAUGCUAAACUGGAGGAGGAUUAUGGCCUUGCAAAGCGUGCUAUGAGUGUCUACGAUCAAGCUGUAAGGGCUGUUCCUGAUAGUGAAAAAUUGGGCUUGUAUGAAAUUUAUAUUAGGCGAGCUUCUGAGAUUUUUGGUCUUCCAAAAACACGAGAGAUAUAUCAGCAAGCGAUCGACACUGUUCUCUCUCACGGCGAUGUAAAAAUCAUGUGUAUGAAGUACGCUGAUCUAGAAAAAAGCAUGGGGGAAAUUGAUCGCGCUCGCAACAUAUACAACUAUGCAUCAAAACAUGUAGAUCCACGAACUGGCUCGGACUUCUGGGAAAAAUGGCAAGAGUUUGAGAUUCAGCAUGGUAACGAGGAUACCUUCAGGGAAAUGCGUCGUAUCCAGCGCAGUGUCCAAGCUCAUAAUAGUCAGACCCAUUUCAUUCUCCCGGAGUAUAUGAUGCAAAAGGAUCAGAAGUUGAACCUGGAAGAAGCAGUUGAUACUCUGAAGCGUGCCGGCAUACCUGAAGAUGAGAUGGCUGCUUUAGAAAGGCAGUUGGCUCCUGCAUCUACUAAUUUACCUGCUAAUGACAGAAUGGUGAAUUUUGUGAGUGCUGGUGCAGAGUCGCAGCCUGAUAGCAGGUCAAGACUUGCAGCGAACAGCGAGGACAUCGACUUGCCCGAGGAGAGUGACUCUGAUGAAGAGAAUAUUGAAAUUGCCCAAAGGGAUGUUCCAGCUGCUGUAUUCGGUGAUCUUGCACAGAAGGCUAAGCAAGAUGAUGAUAAGCGUGAUGCUGCUGAAGAUAAUGAAAAUGAAAGCAAAAGUCAACUAGGUGCCCUGGAGAGAAUAAAGAGGCAAAGGCGGCAAUAGCGCAUGCGAAGAAGGACUAGAAAAAUUCAGAAUUCCACCUUCAAAUGCUUUUGAGAUAUUUUGCUUCUCAAAGUGUAGCAUUGAAGGUUUCUUUCAUCAUACCUCCUGAAGGUUGGUGCACUUCGAGAGGGACUUUGCUGUAAGAUUUUAGCUCUUCGAGUGUUCGAUCAAGAAGAACAAGUCAACUUGUUGCGGCUUUUUCAGGCAGAAGAUUAAAACAUGUGCCAAGCCCUGCUUCCCUGAGUAAAUGUUCUCCUCGUGUAAAUUGACGUGUAAAUUAUAUUUAAAUUUUAGCUGCCUAAUGCGUUGGGACAGCAAUUUCAAGUUCUGUUCUUAUCUUAUCAUCCUUUUCCUCAACAAUGUAGGACAUCACUAACUCUACCUAUUACUGCUUCUGUGAUGGACUUUUUAGUACUUAAAAAAGUGUGUUUAUCAGUAUUGAAUGAAAGACGAUCUUUUCUUUUUGCA